AUGUCUGUAGAGAAACCACGUAGAAAGAAGAGAAAAGUCAUGGGGGCAGCGUCCAGCAGCAGCAGCUCGAACAAAGGGCCACCAGGACUGAUACCUGUUUCUGCUGUUCCUUUAGAGAUCAUAGAGGAGAUCUUUCAUAAUCUACCUUAUGGUCAGGUGAUACGUCAUUGUGGUGUAGUGUGUAAACAGUGGAAAGAAGUGGCUGACAGUGAGUCUUUGUGGAGGGAGCGCUGUAGAAGAGAGGGACUGGUGCCUCGCGACGUGGCCAGGUGUGACUGGAGAAAGUUUUACGUGUUGAGCAAAAAGAGGAGAAAUUUGCUGAAGAACCCCAUUGCAGAAGAAGAGUUUAAGUUCUGGCAAAUCGUAUCAAAUGGAGGUAAUCUGUGGAAGAUCGAGGAUCCUAUGACGCCGCAUCCAAAUGAAAAUGUCCGGAAAAACUUUGUGACUUCUUACAGCAUGUGCUUGAAAUCACAAGAGAUUAAUUUGAAAACGGAAGGUUACAAUGCAUUACUUAUGGACAAGUUUCAACCCGCAAUCAAAGUAUCAGACUGGUACUCUGCCCGCUGGGAUUGUGCAUGCGAAUAUAAAAUCAAAGUGGAGUUGCUAAAUGAGAAAAAAAAAUGUAUUCAGACAUUUGAACCAGAAGCGGUUUACUUGGAACAGUGGAACGAUCAGCAGUGGCAUCAGAUGACUCAUGUUUUCACCGACUAUGGUCCAGGAGUGAGAUUCGUCCGUUUUGUCCAUGGAGGCCAAGACCGGCAGUUCUGGGCCGGAUGGUAUGGAGUUCGGGUAACUGACAGCUGUGUAGAAGUUUGUCCGGAUAAUUAG